AGACUGACCGGAUUUUAGCGGCACACACCGGAGGAAUCCUGUGAACCCACUGUCACUACCAGAUCUCAGACUCCAACAACUUUUCUCCUCCACUCUUCGACAUUUCUAACCGGACCUGAUCUCCAGAGGAAUAACUUCACUUCUUCAUCAAAGAGAAGAUACAAGACUCAGCUGGGAACACGCGCUGAUCUACCAUCUCUUUUUAUUUCUCUUAUUUGGGGAGGGGGGCUGAAAGUUAACUUCGACAUGUCUACCGGUGAUGCCUCGGAUCAGAGUCGGAGGUUCUGCGUAUUGUCGUGGGAUCAGGUGCAACGCUUGGACUCGAUCCUUGGGGAGGCUGUCCCCAUCCACGGGCGAGGAAACUUCCCCACUUUGUCUGUGCAGCCGCGCCAGAUCGUCCAGGUAGCCUGCCAAACUACACAUCCUCACUGUAUUCAUAUAUGAUAGAUUGACAAAUUAUAGUGAGGGGAAGCUUGUGAGGAUUAUAGCCUCUGUUUAUGUCCUUAAACAUGAAACAUGACAGCUGAUAACAAGUCGCCUUCUUGUAGAAAAAGUUGAAUUUAUUGAUAAAAUAGUCACCCUUGCAUAUUCUCUCACGUUUAUAGAAUCUGUGUAUUACAUCUAUAUUUCCAACAGUAGUUAAACUUUUCAAAACUCUAAUUUCAAGGCGUCUGAUAUAAACAAAAGCAAGUAACAAUCAUGAAUAUUAAUAUUAUUACUGUCUCAGUAGUAUGUCUGUGACCAAUUAAAUCUGCAUUUUGAUUGUUUUUUUAUCUGAUUCUUCAAUUUUGACAGUUUGGAGGUGCUUGAUCCCCCUCAAAAGGUCAAUUUCAGCAGUAAUAUGAUUCUUCAGUAUUGCGCCUGUUGUUGAGGCUGUGCAUAUUUCUUCAUUCAGAUGGAGCGAGAAGUGUCCUCUUGAAAAGAAACGCUCUUAAGUCAGAUUUAACAGAGCAUCCAUCAUUGUCACAUUUAGAUAACAGAGAGAAAUGUGUUUAAAAUGUUUGGGAAAGACUCACGCCUAAGACUUUUCACAUGCCGGAUCACACUCAACAUUGUCAGACUGUCGUGUCUGUAGUUUGCGCGAGCUAAAGCCUGUGAUAGAAUAUAAAAAAUAUCAUGAAGCUGAUUCUUCUACAUUGUCCAAGUUGGGUAACCUGUUGUGUAAUCCCAUUUCACUUCCACACAUUGACAUAUUCAGGAUGAGCUCAAGCUGCCUGUAAAGCCUGGAGCUUCAUGCUUGUGGUUGCGGAAAAUGAAUGCUCCAUUGAGUGUGCAGGAAGCUUAACUGCAGGUUUGAGUCCUAAAUGUGGGGACUCUGUUUCCCCUGGAUUUGUGGAAACCCUGUGUAAUUGUAUCCCGCUGAAAUGUGCCGGGCUUUGCAUUGAGGAUUGAUCAGCAGUUAACCUCUUGUCAUGACACUAUUGAGUGAGGACUGGAGUGACACUGUUUUGCUGAAGAUGGAGUCUUUUGCUCAGCAUCAUUACAGAAUGUGAACCUUUGUCCUGCAGAGUUACGCAGCUGUAACUUGAGCUCUUAGAUAAGCGUAGAUUCAGCUCACAUUCAUAAUGUUGCAAUUAUUGCAAAAGAAGUUAAUCUCACCUAAAAUCAAGCUAGAAUGACAGGACACCUGCAGUCAGAGGGCGGAGGGGGACUAGGUGUCAAGUGUUGGCAUAAUGCCUCACUUUCUCUAAAGAGAAAAGAAGCGACAGUAUCACUGCCUCUGGUUGGAUUUUAAUCCCAGUGACCUUUGCUUUAUUGCUGAGUAAUCACAAUGACAUUACUGCCACUGUAUCAAGAUUUAGAGCUUUCCCUGCUCCUGUGUAACUAUCUUCCUAAUGUUUAUUUGCCUGUAGCCUGACCCAGUAUGUAUUAAUAGUGCCGGCUGGUUAUUUGAUCACCAUGGGAGGGAGAGUUACAGGAGUUUAAUCUAACAGGUGCAGUGGGAGAGCUGGGAUUGUAUGGAAAUGUAUGAUGGCUGUCAUUUGCAAUGCAGGUUUUAUUCUUUGAUUUAUGUACAACUUUUUAUUUGCAAAACUAAAGUGGUUGCAGAGCUGAAAAGUCAGGUUUUUCUGUGACAGGCUGCCUUAUGUGUCAGUGUGCUGCUGUGCAAACAAUGAAUUAGCUUGACCAAUAUCUGAAACAACACACCAGAUAAAACUUGUGAGCCACAGGUAUUUGUUGAAGUUUCAGCUGAACACUUUGAUUUCCAAAUGUUUCAUGGCACAAAUGUAGUGUCUUUUCUCUUUAGGAAAUAGCAUAUUUCAAUCUGUGUUUGAUGGCUUAAUCCAGAACUCAGACGUGUUUCCUCCUUUGUGUUUCUUAGCAGUAGUUAGUAUAAUCUGUCCAGUUGUUUACCUUCUUCUCCUGACUGCCCCGAGGUGAGACCUCUACUCUAAACAUCUUCCAGGUCACUGGGACAGAUGAGGGGAAACACUCCUGACCCUCACUGAUCUGAGGUUGAGAAGCCAAAAUGAGGAGUUUUGGAAAUAAUCGUUCCUCCAUACAGAUGUUCACUCCCUUUAGGCCAUAAUUCAGGAUAAAAAAAAUCCAUUCACUUCAAUGAGAUGAUCCUUCAGAGAUGGAGACUGACCUGAAGGAUCACAGGCUCUCCUGCUCUGCUGCUCUUUGUUCAGGCUCUUUAGGUUUCAUUCAGACUGAUGCUGAUGAUGAUGAAAUAGACUCCAGUGAGCAGCACUAUUGAUCUCGCCUCUGCAAGUUAUUGAUAUCCAUUAGGGCCAUGUGGUUUAAUUCACAUUUCCUUAGAUGUGUAUCUUUUAUCUUUUUUUUCUUUUCAUUUUAAGAUACUUUCAAGAAUUUGUGUGUCAUUAAUAACACGCAGGGUCUUUGUGUUGUCCCUUUGCAGGUGGUGCGGGCAAGGCUGGAGGAGAGGGGCGUGUGUGUAAAGGACGUGAGGCUAAAUGGUUCGGCUGCAAGCCAUGUGCUCCAUCAGGAUACAGGACUGGGCUACAAGGAUCUGGACCUGAUCUUUGGUGUGUCACUAAAAGAUGAUCAGGCCUUCCGCCUGGUGAAGGAUGUCGUGCUGGACUGCCUGUUUGACUUCCUGCCAGCCGGGGUCUCGAAGGAGCGAAUCAGUGCGCUGACCCUCAAAGAAGCCUAUGUACAGAAACUAGUCAAAGUCUGUAAUGACACGGACCGCUGGAGCCUCAUCUCGCUGUCCAACAACACUGGCAAGAAUGUGGAGUUAAAAUUUGUGGACUCUUUACGGCGGCAGUUUGAAUUCAGCGUGGACUCCUUCCAGAUCUGCCUGGAUUCUCUGCUUUUAUUUGACCGCUGCUCAGAGACACCCAUGUCCGAGAGCUUUCAUCCCACUGUGAUCGGGGAGAGCGUGUACGGGGACUUUAUGGAGGCUAUGGAGCACCUGUGUCAGAGGACCAUAGCCACACGCAGUCCUGAGGAGAUCAGAGGGGGUGGCUUGUUGAAGUACUGUCACCUGUUGGUACGGGGGUUCAGACCCUCCUCAGAGGCAGACAUGAAGCAGAUGCAGCGCUACAUGUGCUCCCGCUUUUUCAUUGACUUCUCUGACAUUGGGGAGCAGCAACGGAAGCUGGAGGCCUACCUGCAGAACCACUUUGCAGGGAUGGAGCACAAACGCUAUGAGUGCCUGAUGACUCUGCACCAUGUAGUGAACGAGAGCACCGUGUGUCUUAUGGGCCACGAGCGCCGGCAGACUCUCAGCCUCAUCUCCAUGCUGGCGCUGAAGGUUCUGGCUGAGCAGAACGCCAUCCCCACUGUAACGAAUGUCACAUGUUACUACCAGCCAGCUCCAUACGUGCAGGACAUCAACUUCAGUAAUUAUUACAUUGCACAUGUGCAGCCGCCUCAGAUCUCGCCGUGCAGUAAUUCGUAUCAGACAUGGCUACCUUGUAGCUGAGCUGAGUGUGAGAGGUGGAUGUUGUUCCACACUCUUAAACCAUGAAAAGAAAUGGACUGAAAAUCCAGAAAAAAAAAAGAAUAAAAGGAACCCGUGUUUGCCAAAUGUGACUUUAACAAUCCUGUACUGCUGUACUGAUUGAGCCGACACAUCAUUUUUUUUUCUCACGUUUGUCUUGCAAAACAUCUGUAAGAUUGCUGGUCAUGUCUGAGAUGUAGCGAUAAUAUCUUGAUUAAGUAUUGAAAAAAGUCUUUAUGAAGCUUUAUAUAUGUCAAAAAUACAUUUUUGAGGAAAAAAAAAAACUUUGAAGUUGGUGUUAUUUUCAUACUCUGGCUAUAUUUUUUUAAAUUACAUACUGGACCAAAGAUGUAUUUGUUGCUCAGAAAGGAAAUGUUGUUUUGAUUCCAAGUGCCUAAAAUGAACCAUGAAAUGUUCUGAAACCAUCUGUAAAGUUGGGGGUGGGGGACUCAGUGUUUACUAGAUGACUCUGUCUCGCUUUUCAGGAACAGAGGUAUUCAUUUUGGUGAGAUUAAAAAAGGCAAAACGAUAUUUUUGUAAUGUGGUUAUUUCGUUUUUUUUAGUCUUGGCCCUGUAAUGGUUGUUUACAUUGUAAUCUUUGGUAUCACAGGCAGCAGUUAGUUUAAACAGGUCUCUAUCAAUUAGUCCUUCAGUUAAGUUGUAUAUUUUCAUGAGACCACCAUAAACUGCAGGUCUCUACCAGAAGGAUAGAGGGUUGUUUGUUCGAUGCACAAUAAUCUAAUGACAACAAGGCCACUCAUUUCCAGUAACAGGUCGAUGAAAUGCAUAUACUGCGGUCUGGAGUGAGUGGUGUUUGUUAAACUGGGGCUGUGGAUCCAUUACAAUCUGAGGACAUGAACCAUACGGAGGCUUUUCUCAAGCACAAUGGCUUCUCUUUCCUCACUGAUACUAAAGCUUUUUAACAAAGGCUGGCCUGUUCUCUCUCUCCCCCAUGUUACCACUGGAAACCCAGCACUGUUUGCUUGACUGAUACCAUAUCGAUGUCAUUUAGUCUGAGUCAAAGUCAAAAAUCUUCACGGCUGAGAUGAAAUCUUUAAGUUAGUCAAAAGACAGCUCAUAAGGAUCAUUAACAGACCAUGGAUACUCAGGAACUCUUCUUGUAUUAACACUGACUAUACAAAGUGAGAGCAGAAGAAGUUUAUUUAUUUUCACUUUGGAUACAUGCACAUUCACCUCCUAUCAGCUCCACUUAAACCCAUUAAUUCAGCCGCUGUAAGGCAGCGUUAAAACCUAGUAUUAUAUAAAGGUUGUAUAUUCACAUCCUUACUGAUGAUGUUCAGAGUCUCUUUUACUGAAAAUAGUACUGUAGCUUAAAUAAAGUCAAUAUUUAUUAUGA